AUGGCCGUCUUCUUCCUCGGCAGCACCAAGAUUCCUCAGUCUCAUAGCACCUCGGCCUCCAGGCACUUUCGCAAAAGAUCUCCUUCCGAGCAGUCUCUCGACAAGAUUCCGCCGGACCAGCAGCCACUGCCUGAAAAGCCUGAGCUUCGCCAGAGACCAUCGCUCAAGUUCAUCCACGUACGAAGCCUAGGAUCGCCGUCUUCUUCACGACCGUCAUCUCCUGAUCGUCCGGCCUCGCCCCGUCCGCCAUCUUCGCUCUCACAGCCCUCCCGCCCGUCGUCUCCUAGACCUUCGUCUCCUCGACCUUCAACCCCUCGUCCAUCCACUCCACCUCUAUUACCCCCUCCACGUCCCCGGUCAACCACCACCGCAACCAUGUCUUCCCCAACCAAGAACUCGGUUCCCCCGACCAGCACCACCACCUCUAACCCGUCUACCACUACCACCAGCUCCAGCAACCCCCUCAACUCGAGCACGAGCAACAGCAGCUACCCUAACAACUCUCUCAGCACCAGCAACCCCAACUCGUCUCUCAACAACACUAACAACACCAAGUCCAUCAACAACAACACCAACAACCAGAACAGCGGCUUCGGUAACUCUCUCCCCAUGCCCGGUCUCUCCGGCCCCGCCAACGGACCCAUCGGAAACCUCCUCAAAGGUCCCGUUGACGACAACGGCAAGCUCAAGGACGCCGGCCUCAUGGUCGGUAUCAAGCUUGACCUUGAAGCCGAGGUUCACCUCACGGCUCGGGUCCGAGGUGACAUCCUCGUUGGCCUAUACUAG